CCAACUAGUCCCACUGAGCACCCAAGAAUCCAAGAUCUUCUGCUUCAAUGGCGUCUACUCUGAGAUCGAGUCCGAUCCCUCUCAUACUUUUCUUACAGUUAUGCUUUUCGUUUCUCUCAACUACGCUCGCCAUCUCAUCUGGGAGUAGUGACGGCUACACGAUUAACGGUCGGGUCAAGAUUGAAAGUACUGGAGUGAAAGGAUUUGGUCUUCCUGGAAAAACAUCAAAUGUCAAAGUCAUACUUAAUGGUGGCCAAUGGGUUACUUUUCUUAGGCCUGAUGGUUACUUCUCAUUCCAUAAUGUGUCAGCAGGGACUCAUAUGAUUGAAGUGGCUGCAAUUGGCUAUUUCUUUUCUCCGGUUCGAGUUGAUGUCAGUGCCAGAAAUCCUGGCAAGAUUCAAGCAGCACUAACAGAGAACAGGAAAGGUCUGACUGAGUUGGUUUUAGAGCCAUUAAGAGAUGAACAGUAUUAUGAGAUAAGGGAACCCUUCUCUAUAAUGUCUGUUGUGAAAAGCCCUAUGGGUCUAAUGAUGGGAUUCAUGCUGAUCGUCAUGUUUCUAAUGCCUAAACUUGUGGAGAACAUGGAUCCCGAAGAAAUGAGGCGGGCACAAGAGGAAAUGAGAAACCAGGGGGUUCCCUCUCUUUCAAGUUUGUUACCUGGAGCUGGCAGGGCCAAUUAGAGAUUUUACAUUUGCAACUGUGACCCCAAUAUUCAAAUGGGGCACUACAUCAGUCAUUCAAGAACCGAAUUGCUGGACAAUGUUCUCACAGGACAAAGCAUCUUGGUUUGGCUGGAAAGUUUUUAUUUUCCCUUUGGGAUAAUCUAUAGGGAUUAACUACUUUUCAAAGCUAAUCAUCUGUGAACAUCACAAGUUCCUUUUGUUUUCUGUUUGAAAUUCAAAAUAUUUAAGAGGCAUUUUUUUGUGUGUGUUGUAGCCUUAGGCCACAAUUUAUAUGCUUCGUAAAAUUCGAUCAUGAUCUAGUGUUGUUUGUUUAAAGAAGA